CAAGAAAGAAAGGUCCAUGUUUUUCAAUCCUAUAUUUCGUCAAUAAAAAUCACAACUGUUCGAACAAAAUUUGGCUUAUAAUCCGAAAUGAUUAGCACGUGAAACCCACCUAUUUCUCUCUAAUUCUCUGCCACACCCCCCUCAGAUGUAAAAUUGAGAAUUGGAUUGUCUCAGAAUCUGUCCGUUUAUUUCUGGGUACAAAAGAUUUUGAUACGUUUUUGCGGCUGUUGAGGCGGCAGGAUCAACUUUUCAUAAUUUGUUCAAGAAGGGUUUUUUAGUUUGUUGAUGGGUGCUCCUAAGCAAAAAUGGACAGCAGAAGAAGAAGCAGCCCUUAAAGCUGGAGUCAUUAAACAUGGGGCAGGCAAAUGGCGCACAAUACUAACAGACCCGGAGUUCAGUGGCAUCUUACAUCUACGUUCGAAUGUGGAUCUCAAGGAUAAAUGGAGAAAUAUAAAUGUAACGGCAAUAUGGGGGUCAAGGCAGAAGGCCAAACUUGCACUUAAAAGGGAUCUACCAACCCCAAAACUUACUGAUAACACUAUGGUUCUGAGUACUGUACAUCAAGGUGAUGCAGAAAUUGUUGAUGCUAAGCCUCUUGCGAUUUCUAGAGGAACACUUCAGACUGCUGAUUCAAAAGAGCCGUUUGCAAGGUUGGAUAAGCUUAUAUUAGAGGCCAUUACCAAUUUGAAGGAGCCAAGGGGUUCUGACAGGGCUGCAAUUGCUUUUUACAUCGAGGAGCGAUACUGGGCACCACCAAAUCUCAAGAAACUAUUGUCCAUAAAGUUGAAAAAUAUGACAGCAAAUGGAAGAUUGAUCAAGAUAAAACACAAGUACAAGAUCGCACCAGGUUCGACAGCUUCUGAAAAAAGAAGAAGCUCUUCCUUGUUACUCCUGGAGGAAAGGCAGAAGGAUUCUUCCAGAGCAGAAAAGAGAGAGAUCAACAUCCUUACAAGAACCCAGGUCGAAGCAGAGCUGUCAAAGAUGAAGGGUAUGACUGCACAAGAGGCUGCAGCAGCUGCUGCACGAGCAGUUGCAGAAGCGGAAGCAGCUAUCGCUGAGGCUGAAAAGGCAGCAAGGGAAGCUGAAGCAGCUGAAGCUGAAGCAGAAGCAGCUCAGGUUUUUGCCAAAGCAGCAAUGAGCGCAUUGAAAUGUGGAACACUUCGUGCUUGAUUUUCAGAUGGUGUGAACUUCACAUAUGGAUAUGCAGAUCAUUGAAUGUGAAUUGUGCAUUGGGCUGAGCAUCAUACUGGUGCAGCUUUCGUGUUCUGCCGAUAUGUCUAUAACUGUAUAUAUGGCUAGGCUUGUAAAUCUGGGAGAUGGGAGAUUGAUCUGUGAUCUGUCUUUGCUAUUUCGGUGAUCUUUUUGUUAGGAUCUUAUAGCUAUUCCAAUUUUUUAGAACUAGAGUCUGAAGAGUAAUAGACUACUGAGAGAAAUACAUAUAGGGGGGACUUCAGGUGCGUAGGUAGAUAUAUAUUUAGAUGUUGUUGUGACUGUUGUUUUAGCCGGUGGAAAAGUAAAUGAAGAUAGAAACAUUUUCCAA